AUGGGCCGCCUUCUUCUGGCUGUCUUUCUCGCCGGGCUAACAAGCGCGACGGAGAUGGACAAUAUCAAUAUCAACAAGCGACAUGACUCCUCCAGUUCAUCAGAGCGCUUCUACGAGGCCCUCAAUGACGACCUAGCACGAAUCUCCCUUCUCGCCCUCGGUUGCGCCGCAGCCGCCAUGUACGUGUGGCAGCUCGGCUUCCGCUUCUCCGGCCAUCUGCGACGGCUAUCUAGCUUCAGCGAUGACCGGCAGCGAUAUUUCAUGUCAGCGCAUGAGACAUUUGCCCGGCUCAAGGAGCACUUGAUCUAUGCUCCGCUAUUUCGCACGCGGCACAACCGCGAGUUCCAGCUCUCGCAGGCUGUCAACAUGGGGAAUCUGCCCAGUCGGUUUCAUGCGCUCCUCAUCUCGGGAAUCAUUGCUAUGAACGUGGCACUCUGCGUUGUUACAGUUCCCUAUCGGUCGACGGAGGACACCGUCGCAGGUGUCAUCCGCAACCGUACUGGCACGAUGGCAACAGUCAACUUGAUCCCGCUGGUCCUCAUGGCUGGUCGGAACAAUCCUCUUAUCGCGAUGCUGCACGUCCCCUUUGACACUUGGAAUUUGCUCCACCGAUGGCUGGGUCGCAUUGUCGUUUUGGAGUCUCUGGCUCAUGUGUUCGCGUGGGCUGUUCCAAAGGCCCAGGAAAACGGGUGGAGUGCCGUCGGAAUGGUGUUUGGUGAAAGCAACUUCAUGCUUGCUGGCCUGGUGGCUGCCUGUGGAUUCACGGCUCUACUUGUCCAUUCCCCUUCUGCUAUUCGCCAUGCUUUCUACGAAACCUUCCUUCAUCUGCAUAUUGUCCUUGCGGCCGUGUCUAUGGCCUUUCUUUGGAUCCAUUUGGACGGAAUGAUCUCGCAGACGUACCUGAUGGCAGCGCUCAUCUUCUGGGCCCUCGAGCGAACUACUCGUCUUUUCAUCAUUGCGUACCGCAACUUUGGGCGCCAAUCCACUACCGCCACUGUCGAAGCAAUGCCUGGCGACGCCAUGCGCAUCACGCUGCGUCUAACUCGGCCCUGGACCUUCCAGCCGGGCCAACAUAUCUACCUUUACAUCCCCGCAGUCGGGUGGUGGUCAUCGCACCCGUUUUCUGUCGGAUGGAGCGAAACCGAAGAAGUGCUAUCGGACGAGAAAUCAAUGCCGAUGUCCCGACAAGAUCUCCUCGGCGUGCCACAAAAAACUACCCUUUCACUCCUCGUCCGCCGCCGCACGGGCAUGACCGACAAGCUCUUCCAACGCGCCGCCGACUCAUUUGGCUCCCGCAUAACACUCCGUGCCUUCGCAGAAGGUCCCUACGGCAACAUCCACACGCUGGAUUCCUACGGGUCAGUCCUGCUCUUCGCCGGCGGCGUGGGGAUAACGCACCACGUCCCCUUUGUGCGACAUCUCGUCGCCGGUUUCGCAGACGGGACAGUCGCAGCCCGCCGCGUCACGCUCGUCUGGAUCAUUCAGUCCCCAGAGCACCUGGAGUGGAUCCGUCCCUGGAUGACCAGUAUCCUGGCCAUGGACCGCCGCCGCGAAGUCCUCCGGAUCAAGCUCUUUGUUACCCGUCCCCGCAACGCAAAGGAGAUCCAAAGCCCCUCGGCUACCGUGCAGAUGUUUCCUGGUCGGCCUAAUAUCGACACUCUUGUUGGUAUGGAAGUCGAGAACCAGGUGGGCGCUAUGGGGGUCCUGGUUUGUGGAAAUGGGAGCCUGAGCGAUGAUGUACGGCGCGUGUGUCGGAAGAGACAAACUCGCACCCAUGUGGAUUAUAUCGAGGAGAGCUUCUCGUGGUAG